UUUAUUCACUUUUACGUGAUACUGUUACUGAUUAUUCAUUUAUAAUGUCUCUAUAUGUAUGAAACUUGAUCUUGACAUAUAUAUAGCUAUGCAAUCGGUUUUGAUCUUAAAACCGGGUGUGACAACGAAUGAAAUCCCUUAACAAGAAAUUAGAAUAAUGGAACUAGUGUACGCUAACCUGUAUGGAUGAUUCAGAGAUUUGUGAGAAAAUUAUGUUGAUCUUGGACAUCUAAUCACAUUAAAACUGCAGAAUGGUUCGACGAGGUCAUGUACUCAUGUGAUAUUAUUUUGAUAUUUAAGUAUUGUGUUUAUGAUGGUUUUUAUAGUUGCUGGGUUCACACGCAAACUUUAUAUAGUUGUAGACUUGUAGGCUGUUGAUGGAGGAUUGAUAUUUGAUAUUUGACAUCAUUGACAUCAUUGAUAUUUUUAGUUUAUUUGAAUAUACGAGUCAGUAAUGAUACUUAUUUUACUUCACUUAACUAAUUGGGUAAGUAAAUAUCAUUGAUCAAAAUUUAAGAAAAAAUCAAUGUAGAGCCGACGUAGUACUGCAUGGUACAGAUAGUGAAGCAAUUUUGGUUUGUUUCACCUUGAGGUACUCAAAUCAACUCUAGUGAUCAUGCGUGGCCUAUGCCCAUUACUUGCUUUGCCUAGUUGUGAUUCCUUAGCUUCCUGUUCUGAACGACACCAGUCUUUUAUUGUGUCCUACUGUGCAUCCUCUUGGAACAAGCAAGUGGAAUAAAUAGAGCCAACCCAAUUUAACACAGAUGCUAGAAUCCGAAUGGAUACAUCUACAGCAUCUAGCUUCCUAUGCAUGUUAGCUUUUAGUAUAACUCCAGCAAUGGGACUCCGAAGCAACUGCCGGGGAAUAAUGAACUUGCUGUGCACCCUCAACCACACAUGUAGCUCCACUGAUACUUGAAUCUCAAUGCCCGGCUACAUUUGGGUAGCAAUCAAGUCGAUGCCAGGACGUACCAAAGCUCUGCCUGAUGAUGAUAUACUGAUCUAGCUCCUCCGAUGCAAGCUAACUUCCAACUGUAUCAUGGCACUUAUUGGAGGUUGAGUUACUUCGGCUCGAUCCCGUCCAGUAGCUCAGCGAUAGGCUUGCAUUGGACGCGUGCAGCGUGCCUGCAUGCGUUGCCGGCCGGCUCUAUAAAACUGAGCCGCAGCAGCGCGAGGCUUGUUCAGCAGAAGGUGCAGAGAUGGCGGUCAAGUCUGUAGUUCUUCUCUGUUUUGUCUUAGCCUCCCUCCUGCUCGCCAUCCAGAGUGUGGCGUACGCUAGGGAGCUCACUGAAGCCAACGGGCAUGAUGAGGGGAAGAGUGUGAAGCCUACUGGAGGGCCUGGACACAUGGAUGAAAAGUGGCUGGGUGGAUAUCCACAUGGUGGUGGGUACGGAAAGGAAGGUGGAUAUGGUGGAGGGUAUGGAAACAAUGGUGGGUAUGGAGGCGGAAAUGAUCCGCCUAGCUACGGUGGUGGAUACGGGCCUGGAUAUGGCGGAGGAUACGGGCCAGGAUUUGGUGGAGGAUACAAGCACCAUGUCCAUGGUGGUGGCGGCUAUGGACCUGGAUAUGGUGGAGGCUACGGACCCGGUUAUGGAGGUGGGAACAGUUGCCCUCCAUGUGGAGGUGGUGGCUAUGGAGGUCCUGGCUAUGGCGGGGGCAAUGGUGGAGGAUAUGGUAGUGGCAGUGGGUAUGGAGGAGCUGGGGGCUAUGGAGGUGGAUAUGGUGGUGGCACUUCUCCAUGAAGCAGAUAAUUAACGUGUCAGUGCAGAGGUACUAUGGCGUGGAUGCUACUGGGGAUUUGAAGCACAAGGAUUUGUCAAAUAAAUCAUGCAGGGUGAUGUUUCCGAACAACAUAAUUAUGUGUGGCAUCGUCAUGAUGUCCUUGUGUGGUUUAAAACGUUGACUGUUGCCUUGAUUGAAGUACCUUAAUAAAAGAUAGCCCUUGUCUGUUAUCA